AUGCAAGACAAAAACAUGGCCCGGACCUCCCCCUCUUGGUGUCGUCUGUUCUCGUUCCCGAACUCUACUUGGCAGUGCCUGGACGAAGGCGUGCUCGACGCCCAGGUAGCUGCGAGCGACCAAGCGUCUUCUCUCUUAGAGUUCUUCCCAGAGAUUGCUGUUUCUGGCUGUUUUCAACCCGAGUUUCUACCCAUCUUUGGACGCCGCUUCAGCUUCAGCUCCAGCUCUCCAGCUCCAUCCGUCUCCAGCUCUGUUCCCUGCUCAGGAUCCCGUCUCCCACCCCAAACCACGCCAAACGCCUCAAUGGCCACUUUGCCCGCUAGGGGACUGCACCACGAGCCGAAGCACCCGCGGACCUUCCCAGCCAACGGCCAUCGCUGCCCACCAAAAGUCGUCGUAUCUGGGACGAAAUACGCUGGAACAUACGACGAGACGAGACGGUACUUCGCUCCACCACCAAAAUCUCACCGAAUCUCAAAGUACCCGCCCGGCCUGAAUACCCUCGCUAUACGUUUUGUCUGGUGUCUAUACACGGCCACAUCGGACAAGUACAUGUCCAUAUUCUUUUUUUCCCAAGGCUCCAGAGUUGCUCUCGCUCCCUCUCCGUCCUCGACCUCCGCCUGCAUUGAGCCGUGGACUUCUGCGACGCCUUUGCUUCUGCCUCUUUCUCUUGCACAUGGCGGUGGCGCCAGGUUGGAUGUGCAUCGAAGCCACAUAAUUAAAUCUGUACAUUUGUUCACUCAACUUUCCAUUCUCGACCCCGGGCCUCUUAUUAUUCAGACAUCAGCCCUCAAGGGGCCCCAAGCUCCUACCUCAUCUCUCUUCUCCCUUCUUCUUCUCUUCGUUGCUCUCUGCUUCCAGCCCUUCCCCUUUUUCUCACCUACUGCUACUUCUAGACAUUUCUUUCCUCCGUCAUUGACGGUUCCCACCCUGCGAGGUCAAAACCUGAACCUGAAUUGGCCUUCAGCUGUACCAAUUGUUACGUGUGGCUCGCCAGUCAUCGCCAAUUCGUCCAGAGCUAUCUUGAGUAGACGCCACCUUUCGCUGUCCGGCGUCGUUGAGCAGUCCAGUUGGCAGGGAAGCACAUAUCGCAACGAACAGAACGCAGCGUCGCACUCGUUGAGAAGCGCGGAUCAGCAACCAGCAAGCUACACUACUACCGAAACCCUGUCACCACUUGCAGCUGCGCUACCUCAUCUCCUGAGCGCGCGCGCCUCUGCCUGCUUGCCGCAAGCCACUGCCCACCUCCAACCAGCACCACCGCUCCACUCACUACCUACGCCUUUGGGCCCUGCCAACAACAAUUCGAGCGCGGCAAUAAGCAACAGCGACAGCAAGCCGAGAAACAAGUCGGACAUUUCGCCUGUCGGGCUUCCCAGCGCUCCGCAUUGCGUCUCCUACGUCACCCCGCCCCCCCAAUCUGGCCGCUCUGCCCGUGAGUGUGGGCCGCUCCCCGACCCGCCGUCGUCCACCAUGGUCCGCAUCAUCCCUGGACGACUCAAGUCCAGCUCCUCCCUCCGCAACAGCCGCAGCAGCAGUCCUACGAGAAACAACAGCACCGGCAGCACCAACAGCAAGAUGGAGCUGAGUCCGAAGGAGAACGGCUUGACCUUGAAGGUCGUCGUUAUGAAGGCUCGAAAUCUUGCCGCAAAAGACAGACGCGGCACAUCCGACCCAUACCUGGUUUUGACACUCGGUGACGCCAAGGUGACCACCCACGAAGUGCCCAAGACUCUCAAUCCAGAAUGGAACGUCAUCGAAGAACUACCAGUCAAUUCGACCCAGAGCCUCCUUCUCGAUGUUAUAUGCUGGGAUAAGGACCGCUUCGGCAAGGACUACCUUGGCGAGUUCGACCUUGCUUUGGAGGAGAUCUUCGCCAACGAGCAAAUCGAGCAAGCCCCGAAAUGGUACCCUCUCAAGAGCAAGAGACCCGGCAAGAAGACCAGCGUGGUCUCUGGCGAGGUCAUGCUCCAGUUCACCCUCUUCGACCAGUCCAACACAGCCGCUUCCCGCGAACAAGUAUUCGAGAAGCUCAAUGCCCUGCUCAACCAGUUGCCUGCGGGCUCCCGACAAAUCACACCGACCAUGACCCCCCUCAUCCAGCCGGUCCAGAAUAUGAGGGUCAGCGGAACAAACCCGUCACCUCCCCUGUCGCGCAACCAAACCGACGCCUACCAAGAAGAUGACGAUGACGAUGAUCUGGAUAUCGAAGACGAUACUCCCGAGGACGACGAUCCCAGCAAACCCGAAGUCGCCGAGAAACGCAAGCGACGCCUGAGGAUCAAGGGCCUCAAGAAGAAGAGAAGAGACCAAACAUACGAGUUCAAUAAUAGUGGAAGCGACGUUGUGGGAGUCAUCUAUCUUGAAGUCUUGAACAUUACGGAUCUGCCCCCUGAGCCCAACUCGACCCGGACUACAUUUGAUAUGGAUCCUUUCGUCGUUGCGUCACUCGGCAAGAAGACGUAUCGGACCAAGCGAGUGCGGCACAAUCUCAACCCGGUCUUCAACGAGAAGAUGAUUUUCCAAGUACAGGGUCACGAGCAGACAUACUCGUUCUCCUUUACCGUGAUGGAUCACGACAAGUACUCUGGAAAUGAUUUCAUCGCCGACUGCUCAUUACCCAUCAGGGAGCUCAUUGACAAGGCCCCCCAGGCAGAUCCCGAAACUGGUCUGUACGACGUACCCGAACCCCAUGAGUAUGUCGCCCCUCAACAGCGCCGCUUCAAGAAGCUAGGAAUGUCCCGUACAUCAUCUUCCCAAAGCUUGAGCAAGGUGCGACCUGGAUUGUCGAAGAAUGCAAGCAGUGCAUCCACAACUACCCAGACCGGAACAACAACGCCUACGCCUCCCGCCCAGGGGUCGACUUUGAACCCUGAGUUCCUGUCUCCUGAGCAAGCCCUCGCAGGAGCCGGUGCGCAAACUGCCGAGCUUGAGGCAGACGAUGCGGAAUUUCACGACUUCAGCGUCGCCCUGAAGAUGAAGGACGCCAAGAAGUGGGAGGCCAAGCACAACCCGGUCCUCUACAUCCGCGCCAAAUACGUCCCUUACCCGGCUUUGCGACAACAAUUCUGGAGAUCGAUGCUCAAGCAAUACGACACCGAUGAGAGCGGCCGCAUCAGCAAGAUUGAGCUGACUACAAUGCUUGACACCCUCGGAUCAACGUUGCGCGAGUCAACCAUUGAUAGCUUCUUCCAGCGUUUCCCCCACAGAGCCCAAGGCGAUGACAUAUCGGACCUGACAUUCGACGAAGCUGUGAUAUGCUUGGAGGAUCAGUUGGAGGCUAAGAGCCGCCCACAACUCAGCGUCACAGACAGAAUGAAGGGUAUGCUGCCGGAUGCUGACAAGGUCAAGAAUCUGCUCUCUGCUCAAGGCACCAGCAACGUUCCCGGCGGUCUACCGGCAGAAGGGUCUAGCUCAUCCGAUGGAACUCUCGACGUUCCGGAGCUCAGCACUCCUGGCGAGGAAGGUGAAAUGCUCGACCGGGACGACCUGGCUGAGGACCGUGCCGGCGAGGAGCAUGUGGUCGAAAUCAGAGAGUGCCCCAUCUGCCACCAGCCGCGCUUGAACAAGCGCAAGGAUACCGACAUCAUCACUCACAUUGCAACCUGCGCAAGCCAGGAUUGGAGACAAGUCAACAACCUCGUCAUGGGCGGCUUCGUCACCGCUAGCCAGGCCCAGCGCAAGUGGUACUCCAAGGUCAUCACAAAGAUCUCAUACGGCGGUUACAAGCUGGGAGCCAACUCCGCCAAUAUCCUUGUGCAAGACCGAAUCACUGGCCAAAUCAACGAGGAGAAGAUGAGCGUCUACGUCAGACUAGGCAUUCGCCUGUUGUACAAGGGACUGAAGUCGAGCAACAUGGAGACCAAGCGAAUUCGCAAGAUGCUCAAGAGCAUGAGUGUCAAGCAGGGCAAGAAGUUUGAUGAUCCGGCUUCUAAGGCUGAGAUCCCCAAAUUUAUCGAGUUCCACCGCCUCGACAUGUCUGAGGUGCUCCUUCCAACAGAAGAGUUCAAGAACUUCAACGAGUUCUUCUACAGAGCUUUGAAACCCGAAGCUCGCCCAUGCUCGGCCCCUGACCGUCCUGACGUUGUCGUGUCUCCCGCCGACUGUCGCAGCGUUGUCUUCAACAGUGUGAACCAGGCGACCCAGGUUUGGAUCAAGGGCCGCGAGUUCUCCAUCAAGCGCUUGCUUGGUGAUGCUUAUCCCGAAGACGUGAAGCGGUUCGAGAAUGGCGCUCUUGGUAUCUUCCGUUUGGCGCCCCAGGAUUACCAUCGCUUCCACAUCCCUGUGGAUGGUGUUUUGGGCAAGCCCAAGACGAUUGCGGGAGAAUACUACACGGUGAACCCCAUGGCCAUCCGUUCCGCUCUCGAUGUCUACGGCGAAAACGUCCGAGUUCUCUGCCCAAUCGAUAGCCCGACUCACGGCCGCGUCAUGGUCAUCUGUGUUGGUGCCAUGAUGGUUGGCAGUACUGUGAUUACGCAGAAGGAGGGCGCGCAAGUGAAUCGUGCCGAUGAACUCGGCUACUUCAAAUUUGGUGGCAGCACGAUCGUAUUGCUAUUCGAGCCGGGCAAGAUGAAGUUCGAUGACGACCUGACUGACAACUCCAACGGGGCUCUCGAGACCCUAGUUCGCGUAGGCAUGUCUGUCGGACACGCCCCCGACCAGCCUCAGUGGGAACCCGACAUGCGAAAGGACGCAAAGGACGUCACCGAUGCCGAGAAGAAGGACGCCAAACGCCGUAUUGGAGGCAGCCUCGGCAGCGAAGAGUCAUCCAGUGGCGAAGAUACUCCGAACGCCAGCGCCGGCAUCACCACGCACGCUGCGUCGGCCAUAGGAGCAAGAAGAGGUAGACAACAAAACGGCGUUGUGGAAGAACUGGGCGAUUUCCUCGCCCUUCGCAUGAGCCGCGUCGAGCUUGUCUCCUGUGGUUUCGCUUCUGCGACGUUGGUGGCUUUCAACAGACACACGACAUGGCUGAAUGCGACAGUAGUACAGCGAUUGCAGCGAUUACGGCACCGAGCAUAA